CUACAGUUUGGAAGAACGGAAGUAAUUGAUAAUACUCUAAACCCUGAUUUCGUAAGAAAAUUUAUUCUGGACUACUUUUUUGAAGAAAGAGAGAAUCUUCGUUUCGACUUGUAUGAUGUGGAUUCAAAGAGCCCCAACUUGUCCAAACAUGACUUUCUGGGACAAGUGUUUUGUACAUUGGGGGAGAUUGUUGGUUCACAGGGAAGUCACCUGGAGAAGCCAAUACUAGGGAUUCCAGGGAAGAAAUGUGGUACUAUCAUACUUACAGCAGAGGAAUUAAAUUGUUGCAGGGAUGCUGUUUUGAUGCAAUUUUGUGCAAACAAAUUGGACAAGAAGGACUUCUUUGGAAAAUCAGAUCCUUUUCUUGUAUUUUAUCGAAGUAAUGAAGAUGGCAGUUUCACAAUAUGUCAUAAAACUGAAGUUGUCAAGAACACUCUGAAUCCUGUUUGGCAAGCAUUCAAGAUCUCAGUCAGAGCUUUAUGUAAUGGAGAUUAUGACAGAACCAUCAAACUAGAGGUUUAUGACUGGGAUCGAGAUGGAAGUCAUGAUUUCAUUGGAGAAUUUACAACAAGCUAUAGGGAACUUUCUAGAGGGCAAUCUCAAUUCAAUGUAUAUGAGGUUGUGAAUCCUAAGAAGAAAGGAAAAAAGAAAAAAUACACUAAUUCUGGAACAGUAACUUUGCUCUCUUUUUUGGUGGAAACUGAAGUAUCAUUCCUGGACUAUAUAAAGGGAGGAACGCAAAUCAACUUCACCGUGGCUAUUGAUUUUACAGCAUCAAAUGGCAAUCCAGCCCAGCCCACUUCUCUGCACUACAUGAAUCCUUACCAACUGAAUGCCUAUGGCAUGGCCCUGAAGGCAGUGGGAGAAAUUGUGCAAGAUUAUGACAGCGAUAAGAUGUUUCCAGCUCUAGGUUUUGGUGCAAAGCUGCCUCCAGAUGGAAGGAUCUCACAUGAGUUUGCAUUGAAUGGAAACCCUCAGAAUCCCUACUGUGAUGGCAUUGAGGGGGUCAUGGAAGCUUAUUACAGGAGUCUGAAAUCGGUGCAACUGUACGGACCAACUAACUUUGCUCCUGUAAUCAAUCACGUAGCGAGAUACGCCUCUUCUGUAAAGGAUGGCUCCCAGUAUUUUGUGCUCCUGAUAGUGACCGAUGGCGUCAUCUCAGACAUGGCUCAAACUAAGGAGUCCAUAGUUAACGCCUCAAAACUUCCAAUGUCAAUAAUUAUAGUAGGUGUUGGACCAGCAGAAUUUGAUGCAAUGGUCGAAUUGGAUGGAGAUGAUGUUCGAGUCUCUUCUAGAGGAAAGUAUGCGGAAAGGGACAUUGUGCAGUUUGUACCAUUCAGGGAUUAUAUCGACCGGAGUGGAAACCACAUAUUGAGCAUGGCCAGAUUGGCUAAAGAUGUCCUUGCUGAGAUCCCCGAACAGUUUCUCUCCUACAUGAGGGCCCACGGGAUCAAGCCAUCACCUGCGCCUCCUCCGUACACCCCGCCGACCCACGUGUUACAGACUCAGAUAUGACUCCCAGAUGCUUAGCGGUCACUGCCCACCAGGGCGGUCUGCUCUGUGCCUGGUGCUCUGUCAUGGACCAGGGAAGGAGGCCCUCUGCUCCGCUGGUGUCAGCAGUCCUGGUUAAUGUGCUUUGGAUCCAAAAUGAAUUCUCUUCAUAAACCAAAAUUGUAAAUAUGGUUGUUGCAUGAGCAACAGAAAACUUGUUUAAAUGCUUGAAGCAAAAUAUGGAUGUCUUCUCUGAUUCUUCAACCUUUUUUUUUUUUUUUUUGACUGAAACAGCUAAUUUCCAAUGUGUUGGGAAAAAGCACAAACUAUGUUUUUAACUCAAUUACGUCGAGUGCUGCGGUAUAGGAAAGCAGCGCCUUUGUAUCAAUGUUUACAUGUUACUACUUUUUAAAUUUCAAUACUUUUAUAACUGUUCUUAAGAAUAAGAGUUUUGAAUAUUGAAUCCUUUGUCUUCUAAAUUGCAAUAGCUAUUACCACAAGAGCAAUAUCUCUUUGAAUGGCUGUCUGGACAAAAUACACUCGCAAAUAAAAGGAAAGAUACUUUCUUAUUUCUCAGUCACUGAAUCGUGUCUUAUGAAGCUGCAUCUGCUUAGUAAUUGGUUUCUCAGUGACGUUUAGCAAGAACGAGAGCCUAGGCUUAGCAGAUGUGAACCUGGUAAGAACAUACAUUUUCAUGGUGUUUGGGUCCUAAGUUUAGACUGCAGUCAGUUUAUGUUUUGUAUUGCUAAGUAGAAAUAAUAAAAGUCAAACAUUGUGAACUGUAAGUGCACAGAAGAUACUUUGUGUAAAAAGUAGCAUCUUUUUAAUAUAAUGAUAUUUAGAAACUAAAACCAAGAAUAUUUAACUAUGAACAAUGUAGCAGAUGUUUUAACCUUUUUAUUCCAUUAUAUACUGUCUAGAUAUUUUCAUUCAAAGGGAUACUGCCUCUUUUCAUUUGGAUUCCUUCUUACCACCUUUCCAUGUUGCCUCACAGGGUGCAUAGGCUGGAAGUCUUUUGUGAAAUUCCCCGUUCAAUAUACACAACCUUGUGACUUAGUGCACAACACAUUUGUGAAAUGGCCCCCUCCUAUAGACUGAUCUGCCUGUUCACAAGUUAUUGUAAAGAGUUUUUGCAUGUACAGUUUUUACAAGAAUUACAAUUUUGUGAAGUUGUGUCUAAACUCAAGCAUUUCUUUAGAACAAAUGGCCUUAAAUUCUCACAGAAUUCCUGGAAAUUAUUGUGAAUUGCCUUCAAAUAAUAGAAAUAGUGUGUGUGUGUAUGCGUUUGGGUUUUGUUUUUUUAAUUUCAUGUCAGCCAUGUAACUAUUGCUUUAUAAUGUUUUCACCUUACCUAUAUCCUAUUUACUACUUGGUUUAUUUAUAUCUCUGUGUUAUUCAAUUUGUCCCAAGUUGACUUAGGGUGACUUUUAUAAGCAUGAAAAUAUUUUACUGAAAAAAAUAUAUAUAUACAUCACAUAUCUAGAAUAUCAAUGGUAUGUAAUUAUGUAAUACAAAU